GUGGGGAGCAAGGGGGAAAUCCAUUAUUCAAGGGGCCUAAAUCUGAUAUCUAUCUAGAGAAUGCUAGGAACUUGGCAGAUCAUCUUCUCAUUGCUUUCACUUCAAGCCCUUCUGAUAUACCCUUCAGCGAUGUGGUUUUGCAUGAACGUUCUGCACAUGCAGCUCCUGACGGUUUGAGUAGUACAGCUGAAGGGGCAUCUUUACAGCUUGAAUUUAAUUAUCUCAGUUUUCUAACUGGUGACCCAAAAUACAGUGGAGAAGCCAUGAAAGUUUUGGAGCAUAUUAAAACUCUACCGAAACAUGAAGGUCUCGUCCCCAUAUAUAUUAGCCCUCAAUCUGGAGAUUUUAGUGGAGACAAUAUUAGACUUGGAUCUCGUGGUGAUAGCUACUAUGAGUAUCUUAUAAAGGUGUGGCUUCAACAACGGGGAAGUAACUGCUCAUACUUAUAUGAUAUGUAUAUGGAAGCAAUGAAGGGUGUUAGACACCUUCUUGUUAGGAAAUCUGUUCCAAAUGGGUUGGUGUUCGUUGGAGAACUGCCUUAUGGGCCAAAAGGGGACUUUGUUCCAAAGAUGGAUCACCUGCAGGGCCGGCCCUGAGGGUGUUCAACUGGAGCGACCGCACAGGGCCUCAUGUGAUGAAGGGCCUCCAAAUAUUGGGUCUUUAGGGAAAAGAAUAAGAAUUUAAUUGAUACGGAGUAGUAUGUUUGGAAAAUUGGAACUUGUCUUCGAGAAUUGAAAAAAAAACGAUAAACUCAAUACAGAGGCCUUUAUCCCAUCAGGACUGGGCCUGAUCCUAAGCAGGGAAAUUCUGGGGGUGGUUCUGAUGGUGGAAACAAAAGUUCAAAAUAUGUGAAUGACAUAAUCAUAAAACCGGCUGAUCGUCACAAUCUCUUGCGUCCUGAAACUGUUGAAUCAUUGAUGAUAUUGUAUCGCAUCACAGAAGAUCCCAAAUACCGCACUGGGGCUGGGAAAUAUUUGAAGCCUUUGAGAAGUACACAAAACUUGACUCUGGAGGUUACACUUCCCUUGAUGAUGUCACCAUAAUUCCACCCCGGAGAAGAGACAAGAUGGAAACAUUUUUCCUCGGCGAAACCCUAAAAUACCUAUACUUGCUGUUCGGGGACAGUGAUGUUGUCCCCUUGGAUCAGUUUGUAUUUAACACAGAAGCACAUCCCAUUCCCAUCAAAGGAAAUCCCCUAUCAUGAAUUCAUGAUUCAUGAAUGGAUGGAGUCGUUUUUUUCUUCCUUUGGUGAUUAAAUAUGUAUUUUAGUCAUACUGAUAUGUCAUAUGUGUACUAUAGAUGUACUAUAUUUUUGUUCCUUGUAAUUGCUGGACUUUUCAAAGGUUAAUACUUUUGUACCAAAAUUUGAAAUGCUAAUGUAAUUUGAUAGAUCAUCUUCCAAGUAAACAAGGACUCGUUCAAGC